UUACACAUCAGAUACACCAAGUGUUUCCAGCAGACCGUUUUGUUAGGUCACUGAACUAUUGAAGAAAAUGUUUCACAUGUUUGUUCUGUUCUGUUUGUACUGGUGGAGACUGACGGGUGUGUUUGUUGAGUCGGUGUCAGUGAUGGAGGGAGAUUCUGUCACUCUAAACUCGGAUCUUUCUGAAAUACGUGAAAGCGACGAGAUACUGUGGAAAUCUGGAGUUGAAAACUCUCUGAUAGCUGAAAUCAAUAGACCUGCUCGAAAAUUCUCCACAUAUUAUGGUCCUGAUGGGAGAUUCAGAGACAGACUGAAGCUGGACAAUCAAACUGGAUCUCUGACCAUCAUGAACAUCACAACUGAACAUGAGGGACAUUAUGAACUAGAGAUAAAUGGAGCUAUGUGGUCAUCAAAAACAUUCAGUGUUUCCGUCUAUGCUCGUUUGCCUGUUCCUGUCAUUAUCAGAGUUUUUUCACCAAAUCUUACAUCAUCAUCAAGCCAGAAUUGUUCAUUGGUGUGUUCAUCAUCAGUGUUGAGUGUGUGUGACGCGACUCUGUCCUGGUACAAAGGAAUCAGAGUGUUGUCCAGCAUCAGUGUGUGUGAUCUCAGCAUCAGUCUCUCUCUACCUCUGGAGGUGGAAUAUCAGGAUAAAAACACCUACAGCUGUGUGCUGAACAAUCCCAUCAGCAAGCAGAUGAAAAAUCUCAACAUCACGCAACUCUGUCAGCAUAGGCGGAGUGUGAACCAACUCCAGGAUCUGGGCCUACCUUUACUGUACAUCGUGUUGAUCUCUGCUGCUGGAUGUCUGAUGAUUGUUGCUGUGGUUGUGAUCUUCUGCAUCUGCAAGAAAUGUAGAAAAACAGUCGAGACACGGGAAAACGACAGGAUGGAUUCGGUGUUGUGUAAACCAAAAUCACAUAAAACGAAACCAAAGAUGGAGGCUGUGUAUGAAAAUGUCCCCAAAAGAUGAUCAAAACCAGUAUGUACUGUUAGAGCUUAAGACAUUUUGGAUUUGUUUAUUCUGUGCAAGAUGUAUAUAUUUGUUUAUUGCUCUUUGUUUGGGAGACACACUCCCAUGCACAUUUUGCAAUGUUUGAAAUCGUGUUUCUUUGUAUUAGUUUAAUUUUUUGCUUAAAUAUAGCGUCCAAAACUCAACAAUGUUGUAUUAUUAGCUGAAAGGUGCAAUAUGUAAAACAAUUUUUUAAUAAAAUAUUGAAAAGCCA